AAAAACGCGUUUAAUGUUGAGCCUUAUACUUCUCCAAACAGAACUUCAACGACCAGCUUUGAAGGUUUGAACACAAAACCAACACAAUUGUUGUUUGUUUGACAGAACAACGUGGUAGAAGAAGAGAGAGAAAAUCAGGCUAUAAAAUCAUCAUCAUCAUCAUCAUCUUGCUCUAGAGAGAGAAAGUGGUGUCCUUUGACUGAGCCAGCCGGCAUAAGCCGUCUAAGUUUUCUUCUUCAGAAUUCAAUUGGGUCAGUUUGGGAUUUUCAAGUAUUGGAUUCAUGCUAGAAAAGUUCCAGUCUUUGCUUUUGGUCAUGAGUUUUGGGAGGAUUGUUAGAAGAACUUUUGUUGCUCUUGAAGGGUAAUAUUGGAAUUGUAAUAUUAUUGCAUAGUUGAAACAUGGGUUGCCUAUGUUCCAAGAGUUCAGCUGUAGAAGACAGCAAUGAAAGUACCUCAAAGAAAUUGCAAUCAAGUAGCACAAGAGCUUCAGAGUUGAAUGUUUUGAGGUUGAGUUCUUCCAAGAGGGUUGAAAGUGGAGGUGAUGUGAAAGCGAAAUCGAAUGGAUCAGUGCAGUUGUAUGAUGAUCAAAAUGGGAGGAAGAAGAAAAUUGAAAAGCAUGAAUUGACUGUUGUUGAUCAUCCUGGAUUUGGAAGGGUUCCUAAGGCUAUAGAAGCCGAACAAGUUGCGGCUGGAUGGCCGGCUUGGCUUUCUUCUGUUGCUGGUGAGGCUAUCAAAGGAUGGAUACCGCGAAGUGCAACUACUUUCGAGAGGUUACAUAAAAUUGGGCAAGGAACUUAUAGUACGGUUUAUAAGGCUCGUGACGUGACUAAUCAGAAGAUUGUUGCAUUGAAGAGGGUGCGGUUUGAUAAUCUUGAUCCCGAGAGUGUCAAGUUUAUGGCAAGAGAGAUACAUAUUCUACGUAGGCUCGACCAUCCAAACAUAAUAAAAUUGGAGGGUUUGAUAACCUCAGAAACAUCUCGCAGCUUGUACCUUGUUUUUGAGUAUAUGGAACAUGAUUUAACAGGACUUGCAGCAAAUCCUACCAUCAAAUUCUCCGAACCACAGCUGAAAUGCUACAUGCAUCAACUUCUUAGUGGAUUGGAUCAUUGCCAUAGUCACGGUGUCCUUCAUCGUGAUAUAAAGGGAUCAAAUCUUCUCAUUGACAACAAUGGUGUUUUAAAGAUUGCCGAUUUUGGCUUGGCGAAUGUUUUUGACUCCCAUCACAAUAUUCCAUUGACAAGCCGCGUGGUAACAUUAUGGUAUAGACCGCCCGAACUCUUACUCGGAGCAAAUCAUUAUGGGGUUGCAGUGGAUUUAUGGAGUACUGGUUGCAUUUUGGGGGAACUAUAUACGGGCCGGCCCAUUUUGCCAGGAAAAACCGAGGUUGAGCAGUUGCAUCGGAUUUUUAAACUUUGCGGCUCUCCGUCUGAGGACUAUUGGCUUAAGUUGCGGUUGCCACAUUCAACAGUAUUCAAGCCUCCACACCAUUAUAGGCGAUGUGUUACGGAUACAUUUAAGGAAUACUCAUCAACUGCUCUUAAACUUAUAGAGACCCUACUAUCCGUAGAUCCGUCAAAUCGAGGGACAGCAGCUGCUGCUCUGAAAAGUGAGUUCUUCACAUCAGAACCUUUGCCUUGUGAUCCGUCAAGUUUACCAAAAUAUCCUCCUAGCAAAGAGAUUGACGCUAAAAUGCGAGAUGAAGCAACCAGAAGGCAAGGACCUGUUGGAGAUAAGGAACAAAAAGUUGGCUCAUCGGUUAGACAAGAAAAAGCACCUAGGGCCGUUGUCUCAACAAAAGACAAUGCCGACAUGGGCGCAUCAGUACAGCAGCAGAAACACUAUUCCUUCUCAAAGAACCGAAGCGAAUUGUCCUAUCCGUAUAGAGAACACGUGUCUGGGAAACACUCAGAAGAUGCUAGAGAAACGGAAAAUAACGCAUCCGGUCAUUUUUAUAAAAGACCUUCACAUUCAGGCCCGUUGGCUCCUGGUUCAGGCUGGGUAAGGGGCGUGAAGGAAGUUGAUAACGGGCCUAAUGUUUCAAACAGAGUUAACCUAUCAAAACUAUCCGGGCUAGUAGCAUCCAGGACUUUGACGUCUGAAGAUCAGGAGCCAAAACCAGUUCCCUUUCCCCACAGGAAACCAAUUGAAGUAAGAAAAUCCCUCGAGGCGACUAGUGGGUCCGAGUCAAGAAGAAGGCGGGACAAAAAACGGAUCGUUGAUCACAGUCAAAUUGUAAAUAGAAGAGUCCCGACCGAAAAAUCAACUCCGGAUGGACAUGGAUCGAGUGGAAACAAGAUAUACAUGUCAGGUCCUUUACUGGCUUCCUCAAACAACAUGGAUCAAAUGCUCAAAGACCACGAUCGUAAGAUCCAAGAGUUUUCGAGACGAGCAAGAGGUGAGAAAGUUCGUGCACAGCGAAAGUAGUUGAAAAUUUCUGUUUCUGUCAGCUGCAUACAUAUGUUAUUUGUAUGAUAACAUUUAUUUAUCUCUCAAAAAACACUUGAGAGAAACAAGUAGCAAGAGGGAGUGCAUUCACUCUUUACUGUAAUAUAUCAUGUAAAUUUCAGGCUCUAUAACACAAAAUUAUCCUUUUCUUA